AUGUCGAUCACGAAUGGUACUUCUAGAAGCGUUUCGGCAAUGGGCCAUCCGGCGGUAGAGAGGUACACUCCAGGCCAUAUUGUCUGCGUAGGCACACAUAAAGUUGAAGUGGUAAAUUAUUUAGCAGAAGGUGGCUUUGCUCAAAUUUACGUGGUGAAAUUCCUAGAGUAUCUUAAUGAAUUUGAUAAUACAGCAAGUGUUCCCUUAAAGAUUGGCGAUGUCGCAUGUCUGAAAAGAGUAUUAGUUCAAGAUGAGAAUGGAUUGAACGAGAUGAGAAAUGAAGUGGAGGUAAUGAAGAAAUUGAAAGGGGCCCCAAAUAUAGUACAAUACUUCGAUUCCAACGCCUCUCGCCGUCGUGAUGGCGUUCAAGGAUUUGAGGUUCUUUUGCUAAUGGAAUUGUGUCCAAACAAAUCUUUGCUAGAUUAUAUGAACCAACGAUUGUCAACGAAACUGACAGAAGCUGAAAUUGUGAAAAUUAUGUAUGACGUUGCUCUUUCUAUCUCUCAAAUGCACUACCUUCCUGUGUCCUUGAUCCAUCGCGAUAUCAAGAUUGAAAAUGUCUUGGUAGAUGCCAAAAACAAUUUCAAGCUAGCUGAUUUUGGGUCCACGUCGACAUGUUUCCCAAUUGUCACUACUCAUCAAGAUAUUGCUCUUUUGACUCAAAACAUCUAUGUGCAUACUACUCCGCAGUAUAGGUCCCCUGAAAUGAUUGACCUUUACAGAUGUCUGCCCAUUAACGAAAAAUCAGACAUAUGGGCUUUGGGAGUUUUCCUUUACAAAUUAUUAUUUUUCACCACCCCUUUUGAAAUGACAGGUCAAUUUGCUAUAUUACAUUCCAAAUAUGAAUUUCCUGUCAACAAAUAUUCAUCAAAACUAAUCAACUUAAUCAUUAUCAUGUUGGCGGAAAACCCAAAUUUGAGACCGAACAUUUAUCAAGUAUUAUACCAUUUAUGUGAGAUUUUAAAUGUGGAAGUUCCAAUCGAGGAUAAGUAUGCGGAAGGUGCCUAUAAUUUUUCUAAAUAUACGCAGUUUCAGAAUAAAUUACAAAAUGUUCAAUUGCAAAUGUACCAGCUACAACAAAAGAAAAUUAUGCAGAACAAUAAAUUGAGUGACUCAGAAGAAAACUUACUGAAUGACAUGUUUCUUUCUUCUUUUGAAAUCUCAUCCAAACUUCCCAUGAACGCUAGUGACGGUCAUGCCGCUGUUUCUAGAAUACCAUCUCAAAAUGUCGGCCAAGAACUUGAAGAAGAGAAAGAAAGUCAAUCCGAUCAGAGGAAGUCUACCCUGUCCGAAGAUAAAUCGUCAAGAACAACAUCGAAUGCUAACAGUUCUGGUACAGCCAAUAAUCCUCAAGAAAUCAAUACAAUCCAGUCUCCAGGUAUAGAGGACAAAUCAAUUUUUGAAAAUAAAACUCCUGGAGAGUUAUAUUAUCCAAGCGUGAGCGAAUUAGAUACUUAUUUGGACAAAGAAUUGGUCAAACAAUCAAGUGAUCCGACUAUUUCUGAACAAAGUCCUCGUUUGAAUACCCAAUCACUACCACAGAGGCAAAAGAGCACAAGCUCUUAUUCUUCAGGUGGCAGAUCAAUGAAGAGCACAUCAUAUGGUGCAGCAACGAUCGGGUCAGACGAAGCCUUGGCGAACGAGAAAACUGCUGGUAUUAAUAAGAUGAAACAACAUAAAUCGAAUAAUCCCUUUCCAAAAAUGAAUGUUGCAUACCAUUCUACGAAUGAAUUGAGCAAUGACGCAAGUAACUUUUUCCUGGAAGAACAACAGCAAGGCCAGAGAUAUCAGCAAGCUCAAAAUCAAACAGGUACACAAGGGAAUACCUUUCCAGAUGAAUCUCAGUAUCAAUCUAGAGUUGAACAACAGCAGCAACAACAGGACCAACCCAAAGGACCUGCUAAUUAUAGCCAAAGAAAUUUCUACACUGGGAGGGAUCGGUCCAAUAAACCUAUGCAGUUGGGUGGAACUAUUGCUGGAGAUAGUGGUAAUAGAAGAGUCAACUUUCAGAAUAUUUCUCAAAAUUACGCCACGAACUCCCAGUCAGGAUAUCUCCCAAGUCAAAAUUCCCCAGCAAUUCCAAUGGUGAGACCUGUUAUUUCCAUGAAUCAGCAGCAAGCGCAACAGAUACAAGCCCAGCAAUUGCAGGCACAACAGAUGCAGGCAAAGCAACAGAUGCAAGCCAAGCAGCAGAUGCAAGUUCAGCAACAACUGCAAGUCCAACAGCAAAUGCAAAUUCAAAAUGCAAAUAAUAAUGGUACUUACGUCUCUGAUAGAACAAAUCAUACCACAGAAGAUAUGAGAAAUGCUCAGGGGGGUGAACCUCCAAUUCUUGCAGGAAAUUCUGCAAAUGAACCAAUGCACUCAUCCUCUAAAAAUGAAGCUCUCUUAAUUGAACUAUCUCCAUUAAAAGAAGAUGCAGGAAAGCAAUCUUUCCAAGAUACAAAUGAGCCUCAAACUGGCGGUAUCGAAGAUGCCGGCGGUUCAGGAACUAUCAAAGGCUCGAACAAUAAUCGAAAUGGCGUUUUAAAUUUAAGUUUGAAUGAGAUGGACUUAUCAAGAGAUGAUACUGGUGCUGCUGUCUCCUCCUUUUCAUCGUCUUCAUCGUCUGCAUCAAUUCAACAAGCUAAGCUUUCUGGACGCAAAGGUUCCAGUAAGAGGAACAAUUAUUCAACAGACGAAUUGGGAGAUAGUAUGGUCUCCAGCGAAAGCAUUGAUAUUGAUUUGGAUGAUGCAAGGAGAGGAAAAACAGCUGAAAGAAGACCACUCCAUAAUGAAAGAGGUCAUAAAGACCAGGCAAGAUCAAGUGAUGCUAGUAAGUCUAAUCAAUUCAAAAGCAAGGACUUCAGCAGCGUAUCAACAAGGCAACCGCGGCAGUCAUUGGAUCUGAAUUUCCAGGAAGUAAAUCUGUCUUCACCAACGUUAACUCAAGAGCAUAGAAAUAAAAACGACUCGCCAGCACCAAAUUCACAUCACUCGUAUAGAGUUUCACCUCAUGCUUCCACCGCAAUAACUGAGAAUAAGCGCCACAGUACUGGUCACGAACUGUCAACCCGGUCAAAUGGCAAGCAUGAAACACACAGGACUGGUUCCAAGCAAAGGCACGAUUUGGAAAGAUACCGGCAUUCGAAGGAUAAGGAUAGCAAUAGCAGCAUUACUAUUAGCACCUCAACUCCAUCAGAGAUGAGAAAAUCCUUCGCUAGGGCCCGUCAAUCGCUUGAUUUGGAAAGGGUCCGUCGUGAAGCGAUGGCAAGUAGUGCAUCCAGUAGUGGUGGCAGUAACGGGAAAAGGAGAUCUUUUUUCUCAGUCUUUAGAAGCGAGAAAUGA